UAUAGUCGUCCUAUCGAAGAUGAGAAUGACAGAAGUGGUGGCGAAUCUAACUCUCACCACAUCGACAUCUUUCCGAAGCCUGAAUCUCAAGAGUCGAUUUCUUAAUGACUCAACUUGCCACGGUCUUACCAUUUCCAUACUCUAAAUGGGCAUUUGGGCAUAGGAGGACCGCUGAUUUAACGACUAGUGCUCUCUGAUCAUCCGCGGUUUAUCGGAUUCAGCAGUGAGAUUUCGUGUUUCGUGUGUUUUUGUUCCGUCUCCAUCUCAACGCCUUCGAUUGGAGCACCCCCAACGCCGAUCAUUUUAAUGCCUACUCGUCUUAAUUUGGUCUGCGAGCGCAAGAAAAUAGGCUACAAAGCCAGGCUACAACGCGCAGUACACGACAAUCAAACAUUUUUGAGCGACUACCCUGCAGAAGAAUCUGACCGAGUGUCAGCAAUACGGGCUACAGUAGCUGGCUGCCUGGAUUUACCAACUGCAGCCACAAGCGCCCGUGACCACAUUACCAGUUGAGCCAAGACUUGUAGGGGAAAAAUAACAGAUUCAAAUCCAUGACUGUUAUUUCUCAAAGAAGCCCCGAAGCCUGGAAAUCUGACCCCUUUUAAUGGUGAAUAACAGCUUCGUGAUAUGGAGCUGUCGUGUUUCCCCCACAUGACCGUUACACUUGCUGUCCUUAUAUGCGGUAUCGGUGUAGGGUCCGUAUUUUGAAGAUACCAGGCAGUCACAAUAGCCUACAACCUAUCAAACUUAAUCCAAGUGGAUGCUGAUGGUGCAUGACUGCCGUAUAAAAAAACACAGUUGGUCGACUCUUUUGAUGUAGGUUAUUUUGAGAUUAGCAUAAGCAGCUUUGGAGACGUUUAUAUUUUUUUGCGUUACAUAGCAUUGAAAGGAGCCUGGAAUUUGCCUUAAGACUUUUCUAUCGCCAACUGAAUGAGGAUAUCGGAAUGAGGGGAGAGCUACACAAGCAAAACAAAUAAACAACGUGAAAAUAACGAAAGGACAACAGCGAUUUGAACGUGGUAGCUCGUGUGGACUCAACACUAUUUCUUUUGAGGUGUUAAGAGUUUUUAUUGAGUUUUUAUUUCGUUGUGAUUUUGGUAGACAUUAUGAACUCAUUUUUUACUUCUUAARUCCUUUCCAUAGUUCGUGUGACAUAGUUCUUCGUGUAACGGUUUUGUGGACUGGUCACUUUGCGGAAAGGAAAGAGGUCACCAUAACUGUUUUGGUUACGCUGAAGCAGUGGCAAGAAGCUAAUCAGCAUCACCCGAGGCUGCCCCGCGACCAUUCGGGGUUUCAUGUGCCAGCCUCACUGAUGCUCGGAAUAGAGCUCUCACGAGCCAUSAACAACUCAGAUGCGACCCGGUGCAUUUCAAAUAUCUGCAAAGGCCGUUGAUGGAGAGGAUUUCGAAUGACAGCCGGGACAGUGGUCAUCACAGGCGGUAUUUUAGCUACAGUUAUAUUACUGUGCAUCAUCGCAGUACUGUGUUACUGUAGGCUGCAGUAUUAUUGCUGUAAGAAGGAGGAGUCUGAGUCGGAGGAGGAGGAGCCCGACUUCGCUGUGACGUCCCGCCUCCCGCCUGUACACUCCAACCACAACAUCGUGGCGGCGUCGGCCGCCGCCUCCAACCCCAACGGCCCCGCCCUCUUCACACCGCCGUUGGCGCGUAAACUGACGCGCUCGCAGACAUUCUGCCCAUCGUGCACGCACCAUGAGCUGCCCUUCUACCUGCAGCACCCGGACGGACUGCGGAACGGCGGCGACCGCAUCAGCUACCGCAGUGUCCAGCAACACGACCUGGACCUGCCCUUAGAAAUGCCCAGCUACCACAAACUCAACCUGACCCGGUCGGUCACUAUGAAGGACAUGUUCAACCGCAGCUGCAGCAUCAGCACUGACGUUUAGUGGCAUUAGCGCCACCCGGUGGCAUUGAGGACUCAUGGAAAUGGAUGGAUAAUACAAUGGGGACAGACAGUGGGACUGUGAUUCUCCCAUGAACCUCGGUCUUACACUCAAUUAUAACCACACAUUAACUGGCGAAAAGAUAAAUCUGCGAGUUUGUCCUCUCCUCAUUCUGCUUGGUCUGUGGUACAGUAGGAGGUUGACCCUGAAAUAGCAUAGAGUUUCUACACUGUCUGGACUCAUACUAUUGGAUUACCCUAAACCUAAACCACCUUCUGGUUGAAAUCCACCAAAUCAACUCUACCUUUAAAUAACAAAAAACAGACUUUGCGUAGUUGCUGCUAAAGAAACCAAGAAACCAUGGUGAUAAGGAGGAGGGUUAUGGAGGCUACUCGCACUAGUGUGUCUCUCCGCCAAUCUCCAGCCUGAUCACCAGAAAGGGGCCGGAGCAGAUCACAUCCCAAGUUAUGGAUUAUUCAUCCAUCGCAUCAUGGUUUGGAAAUGGAGGAAGAGGGGGGGGUACAACAUGUCAAAGACCGUAAAAAUGUUGGAGAUAAAAGGCUUGUGUUGGAAAGUAGGGGGUGGAGUCUGUUUUCUACAUGCAGUUUUCUGGGGGGGGAAGGGGGGGAGCCGUGUUGCUAUGAGAGCAUUAGAGACGUGCUGCUUCUCAUGGAAGACCAACCAGUGGGGAUGGCUUGAUCUUUUCUUGUACACAAAGCAGGAGAUUGGGAUUCUGUUCUUAAUCUCAAUGUGGAUUAAGUUAGGAUGAGAGGUGUGUGUUUUACAUACCAAGGAAGUGAUAUAUGGAGAUAAUCCUAGCCAGCGCUGUACACAACACGUUAUCCUACUUUUUUUAGACUCUAAUUGGGUUGCAAUAACAUUAAAAGGACAUUAAAGGGGGGGCGUUUAAGUUAAGUUAUUUAUUCAUGUGAUUUACCAAACAGAAUGUGCCCAGGGUUGGCUUAACCCGUUGGGAUAAACAAGCUAAGUGGGUUUUGAAAAUAGUUGUCCUUUUCUAAAGUUUUACUUCAGUCGUUAUCAUUACUGAAUAUUGCGAAACAGCAUCUAUACUAUUUAUGUCUGAUGAGUGCUGAGAAACCAUACAGACGAGAAAAAAAAAAGAUAUUUUAUACACUUUACUAUGUCAUUUAUGGUUAUCUUGUUCACUGGAGUUUCAAAUCGUGAUAUUUUCACCGGAUUCCUUGUGUUGUCUAAAACCUGAGACCCAUAGGCUAAUAAAUCUAAACAACAUCUUGUGGUUUAUCUUCAUUCGAUUGGAUUGGACUUGGUUUAGCUCCCUCUCCACUCGCCUUGUUGGACUAGGAGGAUGAACUCUGCACUCGAUUUAGAGGCCUGGGAGAGUAUGAUCGUUCUCUCUGAGCUCUGCGAGCAGGACUGAAGGAAGCGCGCCGUGCUCUGUGCGCAGUAUAGUCAGGAUGGGGAUGGAGAGGCUGCGGUUGUGUUUUCAUGCCCACAGGCCACUCUUUCUAUCAGAUUAUUUACUGCAGAGAUUAAAUCAGAGUGAAUGUGGGGUGGGGGCUGGAAUCUGAUUGGCUCCCUCAUGUUAUUGUCCUCUCCAUCUGUACAUUCAGUGGUAUUGGAUGCUUUGCCUCUUUCUUCUUCUUCUUCCUUUUACCACCACCAGUUGACUAGCGAACACGGUUGUUGUUUUGUUUGUUUAUCCCAGCAAAUUAAACAAUUUAUCCGAA